AUGACGCAGAGCAUGAGAGGCGGAGGGAGCGGCCGCGGCCACGGGAAAGGCCAAUACGGCAGCAGCCACAACCACCACCUCCACCACAGCGCGCUGUGCUGCCUCUCCGCCGCGCCGCCGCUGCCGGGGGACGCCACGCCGACGCUGACGCCGGAGCCGGAGGCCGCGGCCGCUGCGUCGGGUCCGGCCGUCGCAGUGGAGGGCGUGCUGCACAAGUGGACCAACUACGGCCGCGGGUGGCGGGAGCGCUGGUUCUCGCUCCGCGACGGCGUACUGUCCUACUCCAAGAUUCGGGCCGCCGACGCGGGCGGCGUCGCCCGGGCCGGGGCCGGGGCGGGGGCGCGGGCGGGCGCGGCGGCGGACGGCGACGGGGAGGUCAGGCUGAUCGGCUCCAGGGUGGGAGGAGCGCGCCGCACGGAGAAGCCCGCCGGCGUCGUUUUCCUCAAGGUGUCAGCAUUUCGGGAGAGUAAGUCGGACGAUAGGAGAUUCUACAUAUUUUCCCCCACCAAGACGCUUCACUUGAAGACGGACUUGAAAGAUGACCGUGCUGCCUGGAUUGAGGCCUUGAUCCUGGCAAGGAGUGUUUAUUCUCUCGGGUCACUCAGUGGGAGAGUAGCUUUCGUGCAGAGCGAUGUUUCGAUUUCAACUGCAAGGCUUAGAGAUCGGAUGCAUCAGGAGGGUCUGAAUGAGAGUCUUAUACAGGACUGUGAACAGAUUGUGCUUUCUGAGUUCUCAAGUUACCGGAAGCAACUGAAGCGACGUUACGAGGAUUACUUAAGCUUGUUUGGGUCCUGCAGACAUCAGUUUGAGGAAGGUAAAGAUGGAAGUAUAACACAGGAGGCAUUGACAAGAAAUGACUUCUCUAGUUCUCGGCAUGGAAAUUUUAGUGAAUAUAGCACAACAGAAUCUGAUGAGCAUGAGUUUGAGAAGCAAGAUGGAGGUGAAUUGAUUUGUGAAGAUGAAUCUACAUUCUUUGAUUCUGUAGACUACUUCACAGAGUCAGACAACAGAUCUUCAACCAUGUUAACUGGUCAAGAAGUUGUGGAUUCCCAAACGCAUGAUUCCAGUAACAACAGGUUACCACAAAUCACACGACGGAGUAGGCUGCCUGAGCCUACUGAGAAAGAGAAAGGGAUCAGCCUCUGGUCCAUUAUUAAAGAUAGCGUUGGAAAGGAUUUGACACGAGUUUGUCUUCCAGUUUACUUCAAUGAACCACUCUCAUCCCUUCAGAAGUGCUUUGAAGAUUUGGAAUAUUCAUACCUCUUGGAUCAGGCAUAUCAACAUGGAAAAGUGGGGGACAGCCUCAUGAGAAUUCUCAAAGUAGCUGCUUUUGCGGUCUCUGGCUAUGCUUCAUCUGUUGCAAGACCUUGCAAACCGUUCAAUCCAUUGCUAGGAGAGACCUAUGAAGCUGAUUACCCUGACAAAGGAGUUCGUUUUUUUGCAGAAAAGGUUAGUCAUCAUCCAAUGCUGAUUGCCUGCCACUGUGAAGGCAAGGGAUGGAAAUUCUGGGGCGACAGCAAUCUCAAAUCCAAGUUUUGGGGGCAGUCAAUUCAAGUUGAACCAGUUGGCACUUUGACUCUGGAAUUUGAGGAUGGUGAAAUCUUCCAAUGGAAUAAGGUCACAACAACCAUUCACAAUCUCAUUCUUGGGAAGUUGUACUGCAGCCACCAUGGAACAAUGCACAUAAAAGGGAAUCGUCAGUAUUCAUGUAAACUGAAGUUCAAAGAGCCAUCACUUCUUGACCGGAAUCCUCAUCUAGUACAAGGCUUUGUAGAGGACAAUAAUGGGAACAAAGCUUCGUUUUUGAUAGGGAAGUGGGACGAAAGCAUGUAUUGUAGUAAUUCUGAUACUUUCAAGGUGAAGAGCGCCGAUCAACUGAAAGGUGCCUCGCUGCUGUGGGAAAAGAACAAACCUGCUCCUAACCCAACACGAUACAAUUUUUCUUCAUUUGCGAUCACACUGAAUGAGUUGACCCCAGGGCUGCAGGAGAAACUUCCACCUACUGAUUCACGGCUCAGACCAGACCAGCACCACCUAGAGAAUGGCGAAUACGAGAAGGCGAAUGCAGAGAAGUUGAGAUUGGAGCGCCGGCAAAGAAUGUCAACGAAACUUCAAGACAAUGGCUGGAAACCCAGGUGGUUCGAGCAGGACACCGAGGACGGGACGUAUCGCUACAAAGGCGGAUACUGGGAAACAAGAGAGAAGUGCUGCUGGGAUGGGUGCCUCGACAUAUUUGGGGAAUUUGUGGAAACAUGA